UUCAGAGACAUGCUCGCCAUAAAAUAUCCUCAUAAGCACAUGUUCCACUGGUCUACAAAAUUCCCAACUUGGCCUGCGAAAUUAUUAAUUUACAUAUAUAAAACUUCGAAAAAAUACACUACCCUGGAAAAAAUGGGCACAAAACUGAAACCAGAACAAAACUUUGCCAACUUUAGACAACUCGUCGACCGAAUUAAUUUAAAAUAUAAAGAUUGGAAACCGUCCAUUGCUGGUCGCCCGAGUAGCAUUCCGAACGGGUUGGAGUUCACUUAUAUUGAAAAAAUUGGUCCGGCUGGCAAGGAGUGAAAGUGAUGUUCAUAAAUGUUUAAGAUAUCUCGAGGACAAAGUUGUAAGGAUGUAUAUCAAAAUUUAGGAUACAGUGGGCAGGGGUGUUUUGGGGUAGAACGGGAGAAAGGAACGUGAAGCCUGCGGUCGAGGGCAGACAGUGGGUCGUCUUCUGCUGGGCGUACGCUGAUAUCCUUCACAGAGAAAAGGACGCCCUCCCUCCAGGCGAAAGAUGUAGAAAAGUAAAAGAAUUCUUCACCUUUUGCGUCCGGCAUCACGCCAAGAGUUUACUCGAACUCCACGAAAUCUUGGUGAUGAUCGACCACGCCGGAAAGUCGGGUCCCCUGGACGAAGCAAUGGUCCAAAAAGAGGCGAAAAUAGGUUCGGAAAAUUGCUCCAUGGAGGAAAUCAUCCUCAACUAGGCCAAGACUUUUUCUCGUGGCGGAGAAAACCUCGGGGUAAGUGCCAUCGGUUCCGCUGCAUACGGAUAUUGCUACAUAAGACGGUCAAUUACCGACUUUUACCCCAACCUGAAGGUUUCAGUUAAGACGCCAUGUGUAUCUGACCAGGUGAAACAACCAAUUUCCAAUGUUCCCACCAAAAAACGUGCAUUCGUUUUCCCACUCCAGUCCUGGGAGGUGGCCAUGUGCGACAGCCUUCGUUCCCCCUCAGGUCUGGCCAAUCUACCCCUCAAACUCAGAGAAAUGGUGGUCAUUAGGGUUGCCGCGGGUAACGGGUCGGGUACCCGUUACCCGCAUACCCGCACGAUUCUUGCGGGUACCCGUUAUCUGCGGGUAGCUAGAGCUACCCGCACGGGUAACGGGUAGUCCAGUUUUUAUUUAAUUUUCGUCAUAACUCAGUUCACAAAGAAAGUUAGCAGCAAGUUAGUCCAUUUGCCAGCAAAAGCGUCAAUUUAUUAUUUUUCCAUUUCAAAAUUUGUCAUUUGCCAGUAACAAGCGUUUACAGCGAACGUCUCUUUUCGGACGCCAUAGAAGCCUAUGCCAGCCUCAAAUACAUUUCAUGUCCAGAAAAUGCGGAGAAAUUAUUGUUUCGCAAGUAUAAUUUGCCUAAAAUAUCAAUAAUAAUUUGACUUGUAUUUGUGUGUAUUUAUGUAAAAUUGACGAGCUUUUAAUUUGUGCUUUGAAGACGAAAAACAUGAAUCUGAUUUAAAGCAAAAAAUUUAUUUGUAGGCAAUAUUUUUUAAUGGAAACUUAAUUUAAAUCAAAAAUUUGAAAAAAUCAAACUAAGAACUGAACCUUUUUUAAGGUAUACCAAGAUUGCCCAGCGAGUAUAUCAAAAUGUCAGGCCAAAAAUUAGGAGUCGUCUGAUACUUAUCUUUCCGUUGAAUGAUCCCUUCAAAGAAAAAUAUGGCGGCAACGUUUAAUUUUUAAGUAAAUGUUCCGUAUCUUUUCCUCGACAGGAAGAAAACCAUGGUGGACUUUGAACUCUGUCCACCAAUAGUUUCCUUUAAACGAAUCAUUCAACGUAGAAAUUAGUGUCGUAUAACUCCUAUUUCUUGGCUUAAUUUUUUGAUAUACAUAAAUCCGUAUAGCCUGAAAAACGAUCUAAUGUAAGCCAAAAAUUUUGGUUUCAAAAAUAACGAGUGAUAUCUAUGUACGGCCAAAUUAUGGCAUGCGUUACUUGCAUAGCAUCAUCUCAUAGUAGAUAUCAACCCAAUUUGGGUUACCCAAAUGAACAAAUAAUUGAUCAAAUCAAAUUUAUUCUGAAGUUUGGUUAGUUUUUAACCUAAUUCUCAUAACGGGUAGCGGGUAACGGGUACCCGUGCGGGUACGGGUAAUUGUGCUGCGGGUAGCGGGUCGGGUAACGGGUAGCAUUUUCGCUACCCGCGGCAACCCUAGUGGUCAUGCCCAGAUAUGCAGACGAAAGAGAUCCAUCUACCGUAAUUUGCAACUUGUCGAAAAGAAUGUGUGCAAGGCUCGGACCUCCACACGAGCCCGUCGUGGCGAUCACGUUACUCUGGAUGUACGUCGGGAUAUUGAAGCGGCGGAAGAAAUUCGCCGACCGUGUGAGAGCCGUCACUGGAGUGGACGCUCGGCUCAGUGGUUUGUUUAAAACUGCGGUGGCACAAGAUAAAUACGAGAACAGUGAGCACAUUAUAAACGUAUGGAAUGCGAUAUUGGAGGUGUCCCCUCACAUGCGCGGUCUCCUUCCAAUCUCGUCCGACAUACUGGCCAGAGCAUAUCCUAACCUGAAUUUAAACCUUCCACCGGACCAAAUCAGCUAUAAGCCGGAUAAAUUCUUUGCUGCAGUAGCCUCCAGAAUGCCACCCCCACCACCAAAUCAUACAAAGGAUGGACAAAAUAAGGAAAAGGGAGAAACGGACACGAAGUCGCAACCGGAAGUCGGGACAAGCUCAGUGCAAACAGUGUUUAAACCAGCCACGAGGAACCAUUCUCCUCCAGCCAAGAAGUACAAAGAGGAAGAUAUGGUAAAUCUCGAGCCAGUGGGCGACCAUGUAGUCAAGUUGGAACAAACAAGCGCCCCCAAUAUUGCUAAGAUGGCAGAGGAGAAAGGCGAAUUUCCACAAAAUGCAACACGUUCACGACAACCGAAGGUUGAAGAGGCUGGCAAAUGCGAGAAAACAGAUGAAGCGGGAUCCGGUCCAAGGGAUGAACCGGAUGUAGCGAAAUCCGAUCUGUCCCCACCCGAUCCCGACGUCCUGUUAUUCGUGACGGACCCAUACGCCAUGAUAAGACUGAAUCCGUCCCUUUUCCCUUCCGAAGGUGUAGGUUGGUCGGCAAGUAGCCUGUUACCCUCUGAUGGGAGAAAGAGGCCGGAAAAAAAGGGAGAAGACGUUCCCGACCCACCGGAACUACCACCACUUCCGGUCCUCCCAACGGUUCCUGCAGGCUGUACAGAAACCUUGCUUGGGAUCGACUUCACCCCUGAAGAGUAUCUCGAACAGACGAUCGCAGAUAAUUAUUAUGCUCAAGGGAUCAAACUGGUUGAUGGCGUUAGACGAGUCGUGUUCUAUCAUCUAGAUUCUAAUGGCGCAACCUCAUAAAAGUAUGUUAGCUCUUUUACAAAGCAAUGUGAAUUUUUUUUAUUAAGGAAACUGUACUAUCAUUAUUUUCAAGAAUGUGCAUUGGUUCAUAUCCAUAUGUAUUUUUUAUUACAAAUGAUGCUUGUGCAAUUGAAUAGGUUGGUACGGAUCGUCGGCCAUUUUAAGUGUCACUUUUCACAUCAUUCAUUACGCAUCACUUUUCUCAAGAUGUAUCACGAUCUCCGUUAUUACGAUGAAAUAAAAUGUUUUUGUUGUUGCUGGAUGUUCAAGUU